GGCUAAAACGGAUGACGACUGAAAGCUGCGUGAAUCAAGUGCAGUUUUAUAUUUGUGGCGAUGUUGUUGACUCAGAUCAAAGUUUUAUGGGUUGUCCUGUGUCUCGUUGGCUUCAGGGAGCCCUGGAAAACCUCAGAUGUUUCAGCUGUUCUGCACGAAGGACUCGCACAUCAAGGGUUUAUCAGAUCUGUGAGUGAUUCUAACCUGAUGUUUGAGUUCUUAUGGAGAGGACUGGAGAUUGAUGUCGACAAUAACGUUGUCAUGCAGGAUCAAGAAAUUGCAUCUAUGCGACAAGGGCGAGCUUUCUUAUCUCUCAUAAACGACAGUAUCCCAAAGACUGUGUCUGCAAUGGAGAAGUUUCUGGCUAUGCUGGAAGAGGAAGACAAGUCUUUCACUCAGGCCCAUUUUGAGACCCUCCUCCUCGGGACUAUCUAUUCAGCCUACCAGGCACGAAAUCAGAGGCUGGAGUCAGAGCAGCAGGCCUGGAUGGAUAUUCUUGGUCGUUUUGCAAAUAAUACUUUUGUUCAGCUACGCAAGUCUUAACUAGCAAUAAACAUGCCAUUGAUUCACUUUUCACACUUCAGAAAAGCACCAUAUAUAUAUAUAUAUAUAUAUAUAUAUAUAUAUAUAUAUAUAUAUAUAUAUAUAUAUAUAUAUAUGGGCCUCCUCUCGUGCUGAUUAAGUAGAUCAUCUAAACGUGUUCCUCCUGAACUUUGUUAAAUAAACAUCAUUUAAAGUAUCAUCCUGAUUAUUUGUACCUGGUUUAUAUGACUCAAAGAAUAGUUUGUAAAUA